GAAAGCAGUGAGCUGAGCUAACACUCAGUGCCUCUCAGAGAGGGCUCAGUCAGCUCACAGGAGGAGCUCUGCUGACACGUCAGAUUUGAUACACUUGUAAACACAGUACUUUGUAGCCAUCAAGCCCCAGGAAAAGGGAAGAGAGAGAGAGAGAGUUCAAACUUCACAUGCUGGAGCCCAACUCUUUGGUUUCACCAUGGAAUAUCACUAGAUGAGAUUGGGCAGUAUCGCAGAAUUUAAUAAAAACACAUUUGAUAAUAAACCAGCUCCUUGCUGCUGCUCUGCCAACUACCUAUAUGCAAUGGAUUACAAGACGAAUUGUCCCAGUGUCCGCAUACCAAGCUACGAUCAGCAUCGAGACAAAAGGAAACGGUUUACUGUUUACAAAGUUAUGGUCGCUGUGGGGAGAAAUGAGUGGUUUGUGUUUAGACGGUAUACAGAAUUCGAUAAACUGUACAACACACUUCGAAAACAGUUUCCUAACAUGAACUUGAAGAUUCCUGCCAAGAGGAUAUUUGGGGAUAAUUUUGAUCCAGAGUUUAUCCAGCAGAGAAGAGCUGGACUGAAUACAUUCAUUCAGGACUUACUGCGACACCCACAACUACGCAGUCACGCCGAUGUCCGGGCAUUCUUAAACUUAGACUCUCCAAAACUGCACUCUGAUGCUUCAGAGGACGAAGAUGAAAAGUCUGACCAUAAGAAUGGUUCACCAUCACGGAGCUACAACCUGGGACCUUCUGGAAAUCCUCUUGCUAAACCAUCGGACUUUGAGUACCUCAGACUCAUUGGAAAAGGCAGCUUUGGGAAAGUUGUUCUUACAAGAGGAAGACUCGAUGGAAAGUACUAUGCAGUCAAAGUUUUAACAAAGAAGAUUAUCCUAAACAAGAAAGAGCAAAAACACAUUAUGGCAGAAAGGAACGUGCUGUUAAAAAACGUGAAACAUCCCUUUUUGGUGCGAUUGCAUUACUCCUUCCAAACGUCAGACAAGCUGUUCUUUGUAAUGGAUUUUGUCAAUGGAGGUGAACUAUUUUUUCAUCUGCAAAGAGAACGGUAUUUUGCCGAACCAAGGGCGCUGUUUUAUGCUGCCGAAAUCGGCAGCGCAUUAGGAUACCUGCACUCCAUUGAAAUCAUAUACAGAGAUCUAAAACCGGAAAAUAUUCUUUUAGACUCCCAGGGUCAUAUUGUUUUAACUGAUUUUGGACUAUGCAAGGAAGGAAUUGCAAUUUCAGACACCACCCUCACUUUCUGUGGUACACCAGAGUAUCUAGCACCUGAAGUGAUAAUGAAACAACCCUACCAUAACACAGUAGACUGGUGGUGUUUGGGCUCCGUCUUAUACGAAAUGCUGCAUGGACUGCCUCCAUUUUACAGUCGGGAUACUGCUACAAUGUAUGAAAACAUCCUUCACAAGCCUCUGAUUCUGAGACCAGAUAUUAGUUUACCUGCUUCAUCAAUUUUAGAAGAGCUGCUGGAUAAAAAUCCCACAUUACGACUUGGAGCAAAUAAUGACUUUAAAGAUAUUAAAAAUCACCCCUUCUUUGCGUGUAUAAACUGGUCUGAUCUUGUGGAAAAGAAAAUACCUCCUCCGUAUGACCCACAUGUUACUGGUCCUGAUGAUAUUUCAAAUUUUGACAAAGAAUUUACAGACGCAAUGGUUCCCGACUCUGUAUGCAUCUCCACAGAAUAUUCAAUUGUAAACGCCAGUGUUGAAGAAGCGGACGAUGCAUUUGUUGGAUUUUCUUACGCUCCACCUUCCGACGAUUUUUUCAUUUUAGAACAUUGAUUACCAAUCUGUUCUAGUCAGCUUGGCCUGAAUUUUGUACUUGUCGUUUCUCGAAAGGAUAUUUAGUACAUUUUCUAACACUGCAGCUAUGAAAGAUUCCUGCCUAGUGUUGCUGAUCAGUGAAUGAUACAUUGAUAUGAUUUAAACAUAUGUUUAUUUUCUUAGAACCAUUUUAACCUACUGGUGUUGACAUUGGAUAUGUUAGCUCGUUGCACAUGAAUACAUUUUGGAAUGUGGACUGUGAAAGCAGCAAUUCAUAUCUAUAAUAUUUUUUAGAACUAAAUUUAAAGUGGGGUGGUGGUUCACUGGAGCUGCACUAUAAAAUAUUUUUUUCUCCCCCCCCAUUCACUGUCCUUAUAACUUUUAAAUUACAUAUCUUAUUCUAUGUGCAUAUUUUUUGGGAUUAUUCUUUGCAGACUAGUAAGGCUACCAUACAAACGUCUUUCCAACUGACCAGUAUGUUAUCAAGUUUUUAUAGCCAUCUUUUUUUCAUCGUGAUUUUAGAUGAAACGCACAGGUAAAUUCAUGUCAUUAGCUACUUACAGAGGAAUUCACGAUGUGACCUCAUAAAGAUAAAUUGCGUUCAGGGUAGAUUUUGUUAUCCAUUAGGAAAUUAGAUUUGUAGAUAUACUAUGCAAUAUUUGCACAUUUGAAACUAUCCUACGCAAUUAAUUCUAUCCAACUCGGCCUUCUGUAAGCUGACAUGAUACUUGAUCUUCUAAGUGUCCACAAUUCAUCAAUGCAUUGAAUACCAAAAGUAAAUGAAAGAAAUACAAAAGAAUGUUAUUAUUUACAUUUUGAAUCUCCAGCAACAGACAUAUAUACUGAUAGCCGCAAAUGUUCUUCUAAAGCAGGGAUAGGCAACCGUCAGCACUCCAGAUGUUGUGGAACUACAUCCCCCAUAAUGCUCUUACGUCCAUAAUGCUGGCCAAGCAUUAUGGGAGCUGUAGUCCAAAACAUCUGGAGUGCCGAAGGUUGCCUAUGCCUGUUCUAAAGAGUCACAUAUUGAUUUAUAACGUGAGUCAAGGUAAUGUAAGACGACAAUGAACAUUAUAAGUCAUCAACUCAAACUGGAAAUCAUGGGGACCAAGAAUUUAAUACACGUUAAAAACAAUACUUCACCGGGGUGUCGUCGAGGCUAUAGCUUUGCAACAGUUCUACUCCUUUUAUUGCUAGACUACAAAUCUUUUCACUUCUAGCCUGCUGAGCUCUGGUUAACGGUGGUGCAUGUUGUAUCACAGUAACCUCUGUAAGGAUACAUUCGUUCUUCCGGUUCUAUAAAUAAAGCAGGGAAAAAACUGCUAUAAAUAACUGCUGCCUUAAUUCUACAGAUAUUUGCUUUAUUUGUAAUAUGCAAUUCCAGUUUAGUAACUAACUAAUGUAUAUUCCACCAUUUGCUGUCAGAACAUGUAAUAUUUUUUUUUUUUGUGUAAAACUUUAUUAUAUAAAGGCAGUUUAAAAGUGA